UAAGAAUAUGUCGAUUUUAUAUUUUGCUAAUUUAAAGUUUUUGAUUCAAAUAGAAAACUUUUUUACCAACUAACCUUUUAAUCUAUGGGUACACUCCAAUAUUCAUACUUGCGCAAACUGUCCCAAAUUAAAAACUGAUUACACCAGUACCUUGCACCUGUUGUUCCUUUGCUCAAAUUGGUGUCACAAGUUAUACACAAAGUGCAACAGGUUUCUAGUCUGUUCGAUCAGUUUGCCUGACAUCAUUACCCAUAUUUGUGUACAAGCUUCGAGUUUACAUUUUACAAGAUCCUAUUCUAUUAAGAUAAAGUUGCUCUUGUGAGGAAAUUCGUUAUGGAGCAAGCUUAUUAUAAUUUUAAAAUAAACUAUUUACACUGUUUUCAUAAAGCUUAAAACAAGCCGGAUAAUAUUUUUUUUUUGAAUUUUUACUUUUAAUCAACUAAAUUUAAAAACUGAGUACGACAAGCUAAAGCUAAUCGUACAAACAGCAGGCACAUAAUUCUUAUGUAUUAUUUUAUUCUUUUUCUAUGCUAGGUUCUUGCCUCUCUGCGUCUUUUAGGGUCUGGAGGAUUUCAGAAUUUAAUUGCAGAGAGUGCAUUUACUUUUAUGUCACAGGCCAGUGUUUCAAGGAUAUUUGAGGACUUUAUCACAGCCAUGAUGACACUAGUAGAGAGUUUCAUAAAAUUUCCCCAAGGUGCCAGAGAAACUUCUACAGCAAAGAGGAAAUUCUUCGAAAAAUGUGGCAUUCCGAAUAUUAUCGGUGUUAUUGAUGGGACGCACAUUUACAUUACUAAGCCCAAUCAACCGGACUGGAAUGUUUUCUUAAAUCGAAAUAAUAAAUUUUCGAUGAAUAUCCAGAUUGUUUGCAGUGACGAGAUGAGGCUUCUAAAUGUCGUUGCCAAUUGGCCUGGUGGCACUCACGAUUCUUUCAUAUGGAGAUAUUCCGCCAUUCGAGAGAUCCUGCAAAAGGAAAACGGGGAGAAUUUUCUUUUGGGGGAUAGUGGCUAUCCACUAGAGCCUUGGUGCAUUACACCAUAUUCCAACCCUAGGAGUCACUACCAAGAGAGAUAUAAUGAUGUGCACCGGAGAACCAGAUCCGUAGUGGAACGGACUAUCGGGUGUUUAAAAAGAAGGUUUAGACUCCUUGAUCUUAGUGGUGGCAUCCUACAAUACACACCACAAAAAGUCUGCAAGAUAGUGAUGGCAGCAAGCGUUUUGCAUAAUAUUUGUUUAGAUUACAGUGUUCCUCUACCAGAUGAGCCAUAUAAUCUGGAAAUUCCUGAUCCCUUGAUCGAUCCACCCAACUCCAGGAUACUUUUGGAAAGUGGAAGAAAUUCGCGAAAGAAUCGCUCUAAUUUUGUGAAAUUCAAUUAUUUUCAUGCUUUAGAUUUGAAUAAAUAUAUUUGUAGAAACGUAUUACUUUUAGUCUUGUAUUACUAG